AUGCGUGUGUCAGGCUUAAUGCAAAUCUUUGUCACGGUCCUGAUCCUCCUCGUCUCCGCUUCUGCACAGGUACGUACACUGCUUGCCUGGUGAGCACCCUCCCAAAGUCUUGUCUGUCUGGACUUAAUUAAGAUAUUCUGGUGGCCCUGGUCAUCCGUCGCCAACAACUGUAACCAAACACAGGAAGAGCCUCGCUUCCGCGUAUGUGUGUUGCUGUGUGCAGUCCUGGAUGUGUUUCUCCUUAUGUGCCUGACUCUAAUCUCCGUGGCCGGAUCCGUCUUCAUCGAGAAAAACACAAAUGAAAAGGUGCCAAGUGUCCCACACAUUGAUACAUCCAAGUGUGAGGGUGGUGCAGUUCUUUUCCGGCGCGAUAAUCUUCAUCCUCUCGCUUUGCUUCUUCAGUGUCGUCCUGGGCGUUGUAAUGAUAUUGCCUUUGUGCACGUCAUUUGUCGCUCCACAAAACGGAGAGGUUCUCUGCGUGUUGUUCCUUUCUUUGCAGAUCAUUCCGUUCGCCUCACAAUUCAGUGAAAAGUUCCAAAAGAACGAGGAGCGGAAGGUCCUUGGACUGGCCUUCGACUUCAGAAUCGUGAGCGAGCCUAACCGCCAGACACGUCAUGCAUCGUUGUGGAUCACAGCAUGUCUCUCCAUGUGUGUGUGUGUGUACCCAGGUGGGGACUGCAGCCUCUCAGAUGACGACCGAGGCAGUGAUGGGUGAGCUCAAUCAGGUGCCCGCAGUCGAUCUGUACAAGCUCCGAUCGUCCAUCAACAUGAUCAAGGUGGGCUGAUCGGCGACACAUACAUUGGCGCAUUCAUGAGUAGUGACUUUGGUGGAGUCUUUUUCUUGGUCGUAGAUGGAGGUGAUCCCUCACAUCAGGUGAGAAAUACGCGACUACGAUCGCUGAAGUGGAGUGGUCUACCUCUACCGCAAGCCGCUCGUUGGUUCGCUGCCGUCAGGUACAUAAGUGCCCUGAGAGGCGUGUUGAGCACUGAAGGUGAGUAGGGACCACUUCGAUGCGGUUGAUCGACUGAUUCCCUGCCUUGUGUGCGUGAAUGUUCUUCUUUAGGCUACCUCGACGAGCGUCUCGACUCCCACGCAUUUGGGAGGGACAUGCCCACAGCAAAGUCAGCAGGCAGCAGAGAGGGCAUGCUGUGUCUCAGUUUGUUCAUAAGAAGCACUGCGAGACCAUGACAUGGAUUCUUGUCCAGGCGCCUCUCCUACCGAAAUACAACAGUGCUGGAGGAGGAUGCUGCCUCGGAGUACGAAGUCGAUCAAGCUGUCGAGCACUUCAGGAUGGUAAGACCGACAGAACAACACACAAUACCUCCAAUGCAGCCCGUCCACGUGUCUCUGCCCUCCUGGCAUGGAUGCAGAAGCGUGCGAUGUCCGAUCCCGAGCUCCACCUUGACGACGGACUCGGAGGGACUGUCGAGCAGGGCACUUCCAUGUCUCCGGUCAUCCAGAAGAAGCGCAGCGUGGAUGACGGAUCCCCUCGCAGCGUCACCUCCAAGCGCCCGUCGGUUGGGCAGAUCCUCGCAGCCAUCAACUCACCGCAGAUGAAUCAAGAGCGGCAAAAGAAAAGGCAUUCUGUAACGAGGAUGUCAAAGCUGAUGUCUCUCGACGACAAGAAGGACCUGGCCAUGGCAUGGGUGAGCAAGAGAGACAGGCGAAAUGGCCCACAUGAUGUCUCACCUUAUUCGUCAGGCCAAGACAGAGCGAAAUGUUGACGAGUGCGGGAAAGAUGAGGUGCCUGACGAUGAUGAGCUUCCAAUCGUUAAGCUGCCGCUGGGUAGGGUUGAAACAUGGAUCGCUUGAUGGUGGCCUCUUGAUCAUGUGCUUUGUGGGGCCCAGGCAACAUCGAGUUCGAUGAAAAGGGGGUCGUUAAAGUUGCUACAGAUAUUCUGCGUGAUCUGACCACAGAGGCAGACUCACCGCGGAUGAGAACUCUCAAGGCAUUCAGGUGCGCGGAAUGUCACGGGAACAGCUGUGCGUGCAUCCGCUGUCUGUGCUACCAGGACGGAAAUGGACCGCGACUUUUGA